AUGUCCGUCGCAAAGAAGGUCGUCCCGUACGUUCGCCUGGGCAAGUCUGGCCUGAAGGUAUCCAAAAUCAUCCUCGGAUGCAUGUCGUACGGCACAAGGGCAGCAUCCCGUGGGUUAUUGACGACCAGGAAGAGAUAUGAUCACGGAAUCCAGACAUUCGAUACGGCCAAUGGACGUCCUGACGAGAUCAUGCUCGGCAAGGCGAUCAAGACGCUGCAACUGCCCCGCGAGGAGCUCGUUAUCCUGACAAAGAUCGGCUUGUACCACAUCUUCGACUCCGUGAAGAAGAGUUUUGAGCGCCUGCAAGUCGAGUACAUCGAUGUCCUCCAGUGCCAUCGGUUCGACUAUGGUACCCCGAUUGAGGAGACAAUGCAAGCCCUGCACGACGUCGUGCAAGCGGGAUACAACAAGCUCACGCCGUUCAUCUCGAUGCAGAACCAUCACAGCCUGGUCUACCGCGAGGAGGAGCGCGACAUGUUCCCCACCCUCAAGUUGUUCGGCGUAGGCGCGAUCCCAUGGACGCCUCUCGGCCAUGGCGUCCUCACCCGCCCGGUAUCUGCGCAGACGAAUCGCGGGGAGACCGAUGGCUGGGCGGGUGCUAUGAAGAAUUUUGAGAGCACGUCUGACGUCGUCACCCGGGUCGGGGAGAUCUCGAAGAAGAGGGGCGUGAGCAUGGCGCAGGUCGCGCUCGCGUGGAGCAUGUCCAAGGAGGCUGUCACCGCGCCGAUUGUAGGCACGACGAGCCUCAAGAACCUGGAGGACAUCAUUGGCGCGGUCAACGUCGAGCUGACCCCGGAGGAGAUCAAGUCCCUCGAGGAGCCGUACAGGCCGCUCGAGGUCUUUGGGUUCGCUUGA